UUCACUAUUUGGAUAUAUCAUGGACGACGAGUCAUGGGACGUCGAGUCGGACCUGCACUUCCUCUUCGCCAAUGACGUAGAGCUGCAGACUGACCUGGCUGCCGUGUGUGACCUGCUGGACAAGAGCGAGUCGGAAUCGGCGGCGGCGUCCGUGUCAUCCGCCACCGCUACUAAGAGGAAACGGAAGCCGUCGACGGCACCGUCCGGGGCUCGCAACCCCCAUCAAUCCAGACAACGCCAAGAGCUAGAGGACCUGCAGCGCCAAGUCCUGGAACUCAAGAGCAAGCUGGACGAGGCCAAGCUACACGCUGCGUUCAAGCAGGAGAUGUCCCCUGCGGAAUCGCUGGCGAGGCUGCGCCAAGCCGACGCCGCCUUGUCGUUGAAGGAGAACAAACAGCUGAAAGAUGCACUGGAUGUUCAGAAUUCAUUCAUUGGCAAGCUAGGCGCGUGCCUACGGAAGAAACCUCGGCAUGAGAUACUAUCCAGCGACGACUGGAGAGUGUACAAGCUAGCAGCGCAGAAAUCCCUUCGAGAAGCAGCGAUCCGCGCCAUCGCCGACCGCCAGCUCCGUCGGAAGGACUCGGCGUUCAUCAACGCCGGACUGAUGGACUGCACCGAGUACGUGUUCCGGUCGCGCACGAUCAAGUCUCAAAACCCCCACGCAGUGACGUUGGAAGUCACGAUGAACGUCGAGCUCGCGGCCCCUCGUGACGUUAUCAGCGGCGCCGUGUGGCACGUGUUUAGCUGCGACACGCCGCCUGGUAUGUCACAGCACACCACCGUGGUACGGUCCACUGGAAUCCUCUGUAGUAGUACUAUAGUAGUGCAAUCUCAAUCCAACGGGUUUUUGUGUCAGUUUCAAGAACGAUUGGACGCGUUUACAUUGUACGAACAGUUUUCCGAGGUCGCCGCGGGGGGCGCCAUGACGCACUCCAACUUGGUGCGGAAAUUCUACGGGCAUGACAACCACGACCAAGACCAUGUGAUACUGUGGCGAUCGGUGCUCGAAGAUGCAAUGGUUCCGCACAUGGCAGACGGCACCGUGGAAGACGAGUGUGGCUGGAUUGCCAUCUCGCCCAUCGAUGCCACGUCCUGUCGCCUGGCGUUCCUACUGCAUGCAGUGUUCGAUCCCACAACGCUACCCCGCGGAGCUGUCGACCAGCGGUCGGUGGAAGCCAUGACGGCAGCCGUGGACAAGCUGAACGUGGUGGACGUGCCCCGCAUUAACGACGGCACGUUCCCCAGCCCCACCAAGCCAACACUUCCGAGCCCGCCGCAGCUGGCCGAGUACGCGCCGUUCAUUGAACGAGGCAACCAGUUUGAAAUCGCCUUGAGCGUGGCAGUCAACGCCGCGAUUCAGAAGUUUCAGAAUGGACUCUGUCGCAUAUCGCAAUAAACUGCACUGUAGUCAUGUUUCUGCUAUUACUGUAUUAAUCUGGGAAACAGUUAGAAUCACGCAUGUCGAACGCCGUGGUAUGCCAGCCUGACAUGACCAGACUGGUUGUGGCGCGCUGGCGUCGGCGGCGCCACGGACGUU